GUCUCACUAACUGCUACGCAGUCCUCGUGGAUUUAAUCUAAAAUGUCUCUGUGAAGGCGCAGUAGCUUACGCAUUCUUUCGGUCUACUUUUCGUGAAGAAGUUUCUCAGGAACACUACAGUUGCAAAUUUGUAAUUAUGGGUGGAGAAAUCCUCAGUAUGUUGAUGUUCGGAAUAGUGCUGACUGGGAUAUCUUGCACAACACAGGGAUCGAGCGCCAUGCCCCCAGUUCAACCAUCUACUGCCUUGUGCAGCCAGCCGGAUCCGUUGACCUCCACCGCCGAACAGGUUCAAGUGGUUGCCGAGUGCGUCAUAGCCAUGAGCGCCCAUCUGCAACAACUGGCCCACGGGAUUCCCAGUCACACCCGCAAGACAUCAUGGCGCCCUAUCGAAGCACUACGAUCGGCAUACAGUAUCAGCGCUCCUGCGGUUGAUAACUCUGCUCUUCAGCCGGUCAACACUAGGCCAGUUGCCCCCGUCGUUCCCUCGGGGUACGUCCAGUAUAACGGGCCUCCCCCAUCUUCAUGGGUACAACGCCAGCUGGACCAGUGGAAAUGCUUCAUGUGCUGCCAUCCGUUUGCAGUCGGUUUGGCACUGAGCAUUGCAGCCUCCCUCAUACUGGACAUGGUGCGACGAAUUUUUGCCGGAUCUGCGAAUCGGAGUGUCCAGACCAGGCAGACCCUGUGGAGAACUGUCCUGCGAAUAACACUGCUGGAUGUGCCGCUGACCGCUCUUCUCUACUGUCUGCUUACCUGGUAUUUUUAGUCUUUGGUAACUCUCCCAUCGAAAACGGUUGUGUUAUGUGGGGCCGCAACGAAAACCCGCCACACAAACUGGGUUUUCUUUCGCGACCAGUGAGUACGCAUUGAUCUGCAUUAAAAACUAUAUAAAAACUACUGUGUAAAUUUGUACACUUUUACGGUCCGUAUAGUUCAAAUGCUGAAAAAGUUCAUUCAGGUGCGAAGCACAUUGAAGUGUGGUAGAAAUUAUUAUGGUUAUGUAUUUCUAAGUUUAGUAGUAGUAUUCUCAUGUUUUGCCCUUGUGGCUUUUUUGUUUAUGUUUACACCCACGUAU